ACACAGAAAAUGAGCACAUCAAUAAGAUCCAGCCGAGGAAUCAAGCAGUCGGGCCUUUUCUCAGAUGUAUGCAUUCGCAUAGAUUGUAUUAGCUUCCGGUGCCACAAAAUCAUCUUAGCCUGUGCCUCUGAGUUUUUUGAGAGAUUAUUUCAAGAAGAUUCGGACGAAUUUUUGUUAAAUGGAACAACUCCAGAGAUUUUUCAGAUAUUUCUCUUUCUUCUUGCUUCUAACGAUGACCAAUUCGGCAAUCUAGAACCGGAUGUAUUGAUGUGUCUUCUGAAGUGCGCAAAUAUGUGGCUCGCUGUGGAAAUAGAAGAAAGAUGCAUCGACAUUCUAUUAGAUCUAUACCCUGACAUGGAUCCGGAUGCCCUUAUUGAACUUUUUGCAGUGUCGCAUUGUGUGGAUCAAAAACUAUUAAUGGAACAGUCUAUUGGAGUCCUGCAACAUAAAUGGAGAAACGAAAUGGACUGUCCAUCAACUGUCAGAAUGGAGAUCGACUGCUUUGAAGAAUAUUGUAAAAACACCUCGGAAAUGUUUUCUGCGCGUAGACGCUUUGUGAUGGUGGAAAACUGGAUAAAAGGGAAUGAAUUCAAUAAUAGACCUUGCUCUCAAAAAGAUAAAAUUAACAAAAUUAUUAAGAGCAUUAACUUUUUGAAAAUGUCAUUGGAGGACUUUUAUAAUGGUCCAGGAAAGUCUAACGUGUUGCCCGAAUCAGACAAGUUCUAAAUAAUGUAUAAACUUGCCCGUUCAAAUAAUGAAUGGACUGUUAUAUUGGACGAAAGGGAUCGAGAUAGGUAUCGCUACCUAAUUGUUUUGGUGAUGAAGAAGUCGACUAAAUUUGUGAUUUAUUUAAAGUUGAUAUAAUUAACAUUUUUUUAUUUGUAUUUUAUUUGUUUUUUAAUUAAUCCGUCAGAGUUCCUUUUAAAUUUUUAGAAAGCCAAAAAUGGGAAUUCCAUUGGUAAUACCUUUUUUUCCUUAUCUUUAUUUUAUGUUUUUUCUACAUAUUUAUGCCUUUACAACUGUACGUCCUCUUGAUUGACAGUCAAUACAACAAUGGAAACAACUUAUUUUUAGAUUUAAUGGGAUAUUUUAAGUCAUUUCCAGCAGUUAAAAUUGUACUGAAAUCAGACACGUUUUGGAAAUAUACCACGUUUAAUAUAUCCCCUUCAAUUAUUAUGAAAUAUUUAUUUCCACUCCCGAAUAUCGGCAAUUAAGCCCAUUUUAAUUAGUCUUCUCUCCUCCGCGCCAACUCCCCUUUUCUGCUUAUCAAAAAAUAUGCAUUUAAUAUGUUCGCAUUGCAAAUUAUAAUAUGCAAAUUGAUGUUG